UUGUCCAUACCCAUCAAUCCACCAUCUUUCUUUCACUCUCUCUCUCACUCAUGUUUUCCUUUUUAAAGCAGAACAACAACAGUUGAUGGAAUGGACCACAACACAAACACAACCUUCUUUCUUGAUCUUGACAACUAUAAUGUUUAAAAAAAAAUCUUAUAUAUAUAUUGUACUUUGAUCUAUAAUAAUAACAUUUAUUAGAUAAAGAUUUAUCACUAUUACCAGUGUAGUUAGUUAGUAACAAAAUAAAAAUGGUGGAGAAGAAGAAAAAACAGAGAGAAAUGGUCACUGCCAUUCUUAGUCACCUAUGGAAAUUCUUGUCUUACAACUAAACAAAAAACAUUUUUAGUCAAACUUGUGGUUCUGGUGUUGUUUGUGGUUUUGGCUGUAAUAUAUAACUCUUGAAUAUUUCUUACCCAUUUACUGUUGUCAUAUAUUAUCUCUUCAGUGUUCUGUCAUGAAAAGACAUGGUAGCUCAGAUUCCAUGAAUCUCAUGUGCCAUAUAGAUGAAAGCAAUAGUAGUCCUGUGGGAUACACAAGAGAGUUUCAUCAGUCAAUGUUAAUGGACGAAGGUGAUGAUGAGUGUGUGGGGGGAGGCCAGAUCAUCUCUGAGAAAAAACGACGAUUAAGUGUUGAGCAAGUAAAAGCAUUGGAGAAAAACUUUGAGAUGGACAACAAAUUGGAACCAGACAGGAAAGUGAAACUUGCUCAAGAGCUGAGUCUACAACCCCGACAAGUAGCUGUUUGGUUCCAGAACCGGCGUGCUCGUUGGAAGACGAAGCAACUCGAAAGAGAUUAUGGACUUCUACAAGCGAAGUUUGAUUCACUUAAACAAGACUAUGACACUGUCAAACACGAGAAUGAAUCUCUAAAUGAACAAAUUAAGGAGCUUAGAUCCAAGCUAUACGGUGAAGACGAAGAAAGCAACAAUCCUGUGAGGAAGGAAGAAAGUCAAGACAAAUCAAAAUACCCGGAAAUGUAUGACAACAUGGUUGCAACCACAUAUUUCAAAGACGGGUCAUCAGACAGUGAUUCCAGCGCUAUUUUGAACGAAGACAACAACAUGACAGCCAUUGCAGACGGUCACCAGAUAAACGAAUCAAAAGACAUAACGGGUGAUGAUCAAAAUGCUUACGAGCCUCAGUUUGUUAAGAUUGAAGAACAUAACUUCUUUAGUGGAGAUGAAUCUUGCAACUUCUUUUCGGAUGAUCAAGCUCCUACAUUGCAAUGGUAUUGUCAGGAUCAAUGGAACUUAACCAAGGAAAACUAAAGUUAACUCUAGUUCCUGGUUAUUUAAUCUCAUAUCACCAAUGGAAACAAUUUCAAAUAAAUGUAAAUUGAAAAUAAUAAUGAAAUUGGUGGCAUAUGAGGGAUGUAUUAAUUAAAUAGAAGCUAAGUGAAGUAUUUUUGCAUGAGUUUAUGUUCUCUUGAAAAAGAGAAAAACUUCAACUUGAAUGGACCAAACAUCCUGUAAUAUUGGAUAGUAAUCAAGUCAAUGCUUCUACUAUGGUCA